AUGUUUUCUCAAUCUAAACAGUUCGUCGAAGGAGGAACGCUGGACUGGAUGGACACGGAGUUUAAGCCUCAAGAUCCUGAGGGCAAGCUCCGUACUGCCAUGCAGUUCGGGCCGCUGGUCACGCGAGCAAAGUUCCUCCAGCUGUGCUCGCCGGAGGAUCUGACGCUGGGAAGAUCCCUGAUGAGGGUCGGCUCGAUGUUCGUGGACGACCUGAAACUGCAGUCACCGUACACCGAGGCCCGCUACGGGUCGGUGCGCAGGGUGUUCAUCGUCCUCAAGGACGACAACGCCAUCGUCGAGGGCUUCCAACGGUGGAUGGUGCAGAACUACCCCGUGGAGGAGGUCAAGGAAAUUGACGGCGCGGACCACAUGGCGUUGCUCUCGACGCCGGCCGAGCUCGCGCGCUGCCUCGCCGACAUCGCCGGCAAGUAUGCCGCCUGA